AUGUGGAAACAACAAUAACGAAUUUUGGUGGAUAAUCUUCCCAUUUUCCAUACAAGCCAUAUAAACACUAUAAUUUCUUAUCUCUACAACAGCCCUUCGUUUCUCCCUCUCUCUCAUCAUGGAUUUAUUGAUAACGAGGUUUUAACACUUCGAUUUUUGGUGUGGUCGCUUUUAACCUAAAAAAGUUUGGAACUUUUCCAUUGGGAGGCAAAAUGAUUUGAUGCCCGAAUCCAUACCAUUGGUGGGUUCUGAAUAUCGUAGCAUUAAUUAGUGAUUUGAAUCUCAAAAAGGGGGAAAAAAAGGUGAUUUGAUUUUGUUGUCGAUGGGCGCUAUAGAUGGAGUGAAUGCUAGGGGUUGUGUUGAGCUAGGGUUUGAGGAAGAGCCUGAGAUUUUGGCAAUUGAAGAAGCCGUGAGAGUUUUGUUGCAGGGCGUUUGUGAUGAUUCAAAUCGUGAAGGUGUGAGGAAAACUCCUCUUCGCGUGGCUAAGGCUCUCAGGGAAGGGACUCGAGGUUAUAAGCAAAAGGUGAAGGACAUUGUGAGUGGCGCGUUAUUUCCUGAAGCCGGGUUGGAAAAUAGGGCCGGUCAUGCUGGUGGAACGGGUGGGCUUGUAGUAGUUCGAGAUCUUGAUCUCUUCUCGCGUUGUGAGUCUUGCUUGCUUCCAUUUCAGAUUAAGUGUCAUGUAGGCUAUGUCCCAUCUGGCCAUAGAGUCGUAGGCCUAAGCAAGCUGUCUCGAGUAGCUGAAGUCUUUGCUAAACGCCUUCAAGAUCCACAGCGAUUAGCCAACGAGAUUUGUGAGGCAUUGCAGCAUGGUUUCGGACCAACAGGAGUCGCUGUUGUCCUCCAAUGUUCCCAUAUCAAUUUUCCCAGUUCCGAGUCAGCCCUCUCCGAUCCAAACCACAAGGGGUGGGUGAAAAUGUUGGCCAAGUCGGGCACUGGUGUCUUUCACGAUGAUAUGACGGAUGUUUGGACUGAUUUCCUCAGUCUUCUGAGAUUCCGAGGGAUAAACAUUGAGGAUGCUCAUUCAAGUGGAUCAGACAACAAAUCUUGGUGCCCGUCUCAUUCUUGUUCUAAGACGGGGGUGCCUGAUUCAGCAAUGCUUCGUUCAGUAGCUUCGAUUCUUUGUUCACUGGGAGAGGACGUCCCUCUGAGGAAAGAACUUCAAGAAACUCCUGCUCGCUUUGUCAAGUGGCUGAUGAGCUUCAAAGAUUCUCGUUUGGACUUGAAACUGAAUGGAUUCGUCCAAAACAAGAGGGACUUCAGGUGCAACGGCGAGCACCUCCGUUGUGAGCUGAAUCUCUCAUUCUGGUCACAGUGUGAGCACCAUCUGCUUCCCUUCCAUGGCAUUGUGCACGUAGGUUAUUACAGCUCAGACGAGCUCAACCCUGUCCAGAGAUCUGUCCUGCAGUCGAUUGUACAUUUCUAUGGGUUCAAGCUUCAGGUGCAGGAGAGGCUAACGAGGCAGAUAGCAGAAACGGUUUCUUCGUUCUUGGGGGAAGAUGUAAUGGUAGUAGUGGAAGCUAGUCAUACUUGUAUGAUUUCUCGAGGGAUCGAGAAGUGUGGAAGCCGCACUGCCACCGUUGCUGUUCUUGGUCGAUUCUCCAUGGAUGCCUCAGCAAGAGGCAAGUUUCUGGAGAUCAUCCCCGACACCGGGGCUGGUGAAGGUUGAUCUUUACUCCGGUGGUGAAGAUGCCAUUGAAGUUGCAAUAAGAAGUGAGACUUUGUUGGGGCCAAAUAUUACCAUGUCAAGUCUUUCAUAUUCAUUUCAUUGUCUUAUUUGAAAGAGUUGGGGAAGGGGGAGCAGUGAGGAUUAAAUUGGAAACCUCUCCAUUUUAUAUAGAAAAAAGUUGUAAUAGUAUUUCAUUUCAUUAAUGUGAUAAUAAUUUCUUGUUUUGUACACAAGCUUGGGUUUAAAUAUAUGUCUACUCUCCUGUGUUUAUAGAAGAUUGAAUUGAGUGGAACAGCACUUGGGUA